AGAAUGGUGAGCGUGUCCCCGACCGCAGGCCAGCCUGCUCCUCAAAGCCUGGAGGAAAGCCCGCUGUGCUGUUGACCCGUGGAAUCCAAAGGCUGCUGCUGUGUGCUCAUCUGAUCCAGAACGUUUCCAAAAUGGAGGAGCCUGGGUUGGAGUCCUGGUUUGUUACCCACUUACUGAAUGAGCUGGGCUGGGGACGUCCCCUUUUGGAAUCUGUCCUUCGUUUCUGCAGGAAAAAAGUAGUUGAUUGAUGAUUGACAAUGAUGUUCCCUGCUCUGAAACUGUGUCUUGGAUUCUAGAGUUCCAUGGGACAUCUGAGAAGUCUGGCCAGGACAUGGGAGUCUGAAGGGUGAACGGCUCUGGACCCGAUGCUCUACUCAGCCCAGCUCGCCUUCACCUGAAGCUUGGGAGUGACCCCUGUCUCCCCGAGUGCCUGGCUUUGCACCUACUCCUCUCUCCCCCACAUACUCCCGCAGCCAAGAGGAUUUCUCUUCCGUAGCACAUCCAGGCAGGGCACCAGGGCUCAGGAGGAGAGAGGAAGCAGGCCACUUGUCCCAGACCCAGGGACAGCCAUGGGGGCCCAUGUCAUUGUGACUGACGCCAACAUCUCGUCCAGCCUUGAGAGCAACACCACGGGCGUCACAGCCUUCUCCAUGCCCAGCUGGCAGCUGGCACUGUGGGCCACCGCCUAUUUGGCCCUGGUGUUGGUGGCUGUGAUGGGCAAUGCCACAGUCAUCUGGAUCAUCCUGGCCCAUCAGAGAAUGCGCACAGUCACCAAUUACUUCAUUGUCAACCUGGCCCUGGCUGACCUGUGCAUGGCCACCUUCAACGCCCCCUUCAAUUUCGUCUACGCCAGCCACAACAUCUGGUACUUUGGCCGAGCUUUCUGCUACUUCCAGAACCUCUUCCCCAUCAUGGCCAUGUUCGUCAGCAUCUACUCCAUGACCGCUAUCGCCGCUGAAAGGUACGUGGCCAUUGUCCACCCCUUCCAGCCACGGCUCUCGGCCCUGGGCACCAGAGCGGUGAUCGCUGGCAUCUGGCUCCUGGCUCUGGCCCUCGCUUUCCCCCAGUGCUUCUACUCCACCAUCACCAUGGACCGAGGUGCCACCAAGUGUGUCGUGGUCUGGCCGGAGGACAACGGCCGCAAGACACUCCUUUUGUACCACCUCACGGUGAUCGUCCUUAUCUACGUGCUGCCUCUCGUGGUGAUGCUCCUCACCUACAGUGUCAUCGGCCUCAAGCUCUGGAGACGCGAGGUUCCCAAGCACCAAAUGCACGGCGCCGGCCUGCGCCACCUGCGGGCCAAGAGGAAGUUUGUGAAGACCAUGGUGCUGGUGGUGGUGACGUUUGCUAUCUGCUGGCUUCCCUACCACUUCUACUUCAUCUUGGGCAACUUCCAAGAGGACAUCUACUACCACAAGUUCAUCCAGCAGGUGUACCUGGCGCUCUUCUGGCUGGCCAUGAGCUCCACCAUGUACAAUCCCAUCAUUUACUGUUGCCUCAACCACCGGUUUCGCUCUGGAUUCCGGCUUGCUUUCCGCUGCUGCCCGUGGGUCACACCCAUUAAGGAGGAUAAGCUUGAGCUGACCCACACUCCAUCCCUUUCCAUGAGGGCCAACCGAUGUCACACUAAAGAGACUUUUUUCAUGGCCGGGGAUACCGCCCCCUCUUAGGCUACCAAUGGGCAGGCCAGGGGUCCCCAACAUGGGGUACCUGCUGAACCCUGAAGCCUUGUGCCUGGCACCCUUGGAGAAGUAGCCAGUGGAGAGGUCCAGUCUGAAAGUCUGACCCAUCCUCCAGCCUUCAGUACACCCGCGGAAAAACAAGAUGGGCCAGGAGCACGGCAAGUAGAUGUGAACUCUAAGAGGGCCCAGCCCCCUCUCUGAUGGGGCUUCACAUCAGCCAGUAACAGUCCAGGAAGACAGUGUGUGAGCGAACAGUUAUCUAAUCCAGGAGUCACAAGCUCAGACGCCUUCCUGGGGCAUACAACUCAAGGAGUGACUUCCAGCGCUGGGGUAACAGGGAACGGUAUGAAGUGGAGGGCGUACGCAUCUAAAGGGGACAGCAGCUGACCACCUCUGGACAAAGGUUGUCAUGAGGUAAUGGGCACCCACUGUUGCUAGAUCUUCCGGAUCCUUCCAGACACACCAGAAAUCCAAAUCUGUGAGCCUUCCAGACUUGUUACAUUUGGCUCACAUUUGUAUAAUUAUUGGUGAAACCAAACAGAACACAGCUGCGGACAGCACCCAGCCAUGAUACUGAUUUAGUAUUAGGCCAAAGACACGGGGAGGGAGCGGCUUAUUUUGGAAAGCUGUGAGUUGACCUGGGGCUUCUCUGCGUGGGCAUCUGAACUCAGACCCAGCUCAGUGUAGAAGGUGGAUAAAGAGUCAAAAGGAGUCUCGGUUGUGUUGCCUGGGCCAAGUCACUCUGAUUCUCCGCCUCUUCUACUCCCAGGGGCAAAACUGCCUCACAGGAAUGCUGUGAGGAAGACUGAAGUGAGGCCUGUAAACUAGCGUGGAGUGCUGAAGAACCAGCAGGCGUGAAUUUUAUCCCCACCAAGCCAGCCAUGCUACACAGAUGCCUCCAGGGCGCAAGCAGCAGUGGUCCCCCUCACUCCAGCAGCAAGAAGGUGGCGGGCAGGAAGCGACUCCGGCAGAGCUCCAGGCCUGGCCUGGUGCACCCCAAAGACACACUUCUCCCCACUUGCUGCCUCACCUCGCACGCCCCAUUGCUCCUCCAGAAGAACCACGUGACACUGUAAAUGCACAGCAAGAGAGUUUAAUGCUAGGUGCGCCCAGCACCCCCUCAGAGAUCACGGUGCCCAAUAAAGGGACUCUGGCCUUAAACCGCA